CAUUAAAUAAAAGCGUCGCGGAAAUACACGACGGUGUUCAUCUGCGAGCUUAGCGCGAAGGCAGCGACAUGAGCGCGGAUCUGGAUGCCAUGUCCGGCAGCCUGUGGUGCCGUGGCGCCGCGCCGCAGAACGCCGUUGGCCUGCUACUGGCCAUGGUCAACAUGGUGAUGCACGUUCCCUUCGCCGACCUGCCCAGCCUACGGAACUACGAGCUGGGAGAGUUGCGGAAGCAGUACGACUACGUCAUUGUGGGUGGUGGAUCUGCCGGAUGCGUGAUCGCCAACCGGCUGUCGGCGGACCCCAAUGUCACAGUGCUGCUUCUGGAAGCCGGAGGUCUGGAGACGGCUCCCCGUCAGAUACCCGCCAUUGCAGGCAUGGGCGUGGGUGGUCAUGAUGACUGGGCCUACUGGACUGUGCCGCAGAGGAAUGCGUGUCUUUCCUAUCGUGAUCAGCGAUGUCCCUUGCCCCGAGGCAAAGUCCUGGGCGGAAGUAGCGUGCUAAACUCUAUGCUCUACGUGAGAGGGAACCGGCACGACUACGACCGCUGGGAACAAGAGUACGGAGCAAAGGGCUGGGGCUACGAGGACGUACUGCCACAUUUCAGAGAUUUCGAAGACUAUCGCGCGGGACAACUUGGUGAGUAUCACGGAUCACGCGGCGAGGUACCAGUGGACUACGCCAAUACGAGCACUCGCCUAAGCGACAUUUUCCUAGAGGCGUGCCACGAGGCCGGUUACGCCAUCGGAGACUACAACGGGCCCAAACAGUCAGGCUGCUCUAGGCUACAGACCAACAUCAGAGAGGGCGAACGUGUCAGUGCUGCUAAGGCCUUCAUCCAGCCCAUUGCCGGUACGCGCAAGAACCUCCACGUUGCACCGUUCAGUCAGGCCACCAAGGUGAUCUUCGAAGGGAGCCGCGCAGUGGGUGUCCUGUUCACAAGGUUCGGUCAGUCACAAAAUGUAUCUGCCCGUCUCGAGGUUGUUCUCUCAGCCGGUGCUGUGGGAUCAGCCCAACUCCUCCUGCUCUCUGGCAUAGGCCCCAAGAAUGACCUUGAACGGCUACAGAUUCCUGUGGUGGCCGACCUCCCAGUGGGGCGAAACCUUCAAGACCAUCCGCUCUUGCUGACGGCACUGCAGACAAGCACGGAUAACGUGGGCAUACCAUCUUACAGCCUCGGUGAUAUCGCUCAGUACAGUCACAACAGAUCGGGCACUAUUUCAAUCCCGGCAGGCAUCGAAGCUCUCCAGUUCUUAAGCACCGACAAUGCUACCGAGCCGGGCUUACCAAAUAUUCAAGUGACGCUUACUUCAAGUUCACCGGCUACGCAAGUGGACAAGGCUCAGCAACUCAAGAUAGGCAUCUUGCCCGAGGACUAUGAUAGCUACUACGGCCCAAGAUCGAAUGAACCGGGAUUCCGAGUGUCCUUCACCUACAAUCGGCCGAAAUCACGAGGACAGCUGACCCUGCGUUCCACAGAUCCCAACGAAUACCCGGAUAUCAACCCCGGCAUCUUUCAACACCCUGACGACAUUAAAGUGGCCGCUCGAGGUAUGAGAGUGUUCAUCGACACCAUGCUGAACACGAGUGCGAUGAAGAGCAUCGGCGCCAAGCCGUGGGGCGUCAUUUUUGCACCGUGUCGCGAGGCGGGACCCCCGUGGAGUAAAGGGUACAUCGAGUGCCUCUUUCGUCAUUGGGCUUACCCGUCCUGGCACACGUGCUGCACGGUGCCGAUGGGGUCCCACACGGAGGCGGUGCUGGAUGAACGACUCAGAGUCAGGGGCGACGUGACUGGACUGCGAGUGGCCGACGCCUCUGUGAUGCCCGACAUCGUCAGCGGAAAUACUAAUGCGCCGAGCAUGAUGAUCGGGAGCAAGGCGGCUGAGAUGAUAAUACAGGACAACAUGCCUCAGUGAAGGAAGCAGACAUUGACCUGACGACCAGCGCGGAUGGCGAAAUAACAGACAAAC